ACAACUACAUAUUUCAAUCAAGGAAUCAGCCAAUCAGCAGCUACGUUACAUAGAAUAACUUACCGUACGGAGGGUUCCUAUCGUACAAUUGUCUGCUUUGACCCGAACGAUCAACGAGUUGCAUUGAAAAUACUUAUUUUCCGAAUAGUUGCAAGAUGGAGAAAGAUCAGUUCAAGGAUGCUAUUCGUGUUGGAGAGAUCGAUGGAAUGUGGUCAUUUUUGUCUCACAUUGACUGGUCUGAACCUUGGCUAAUCUCACUGAUUGCUUUCCAUCUAUUCUGCCUCAUCAUCACCAUCAUCACUAGGAGAUAUAACAACUUCCAGAUCAUCCUGUUUCUCAUUAUGUUAUUAAUGAUCUACCUGUCAGAAUAUCUGAACCAGUAUGCUGCCAAACACUACAGAAUGUUCUCUCGACUACAGUAUUUUGACUCUGGAGGCCUCUUCAUUUCUGUUGUUUACAAUGUUCCUUUACUUAUCAAUUGUCUUGUUAUGAUUUGUAUAUGGUUACACACAGCAGCACACAUGGUGGUGUCUGUAAAAAGAGGAAAGCUAAAGGAAAAGGCCAAAUCCCAGGAAAUGCAGUCCUUAGAAACAGAAGAUCAACUGGUUGAGAAGGAUGAAGACAGUAAAAAGAAAGACUGAAGAGAUCUGUCUCUCAAAUUCUGAAUUCCAUGCUCGAAUGCUUGCUUGGUGGAUUCAGACGCAGGACAUCAUGGCAGGAAUAAUCAAUCAGUCAUGGAAGAAGCUUUCUGGAUUUGUGAAGAAUUCUCUCAGGCUGGAAACUCAGAAGUUGAACACUGCCCUCUCUGGUCACCUAUCUGUACAACAUGAGAGAAACAAGACAAUGUCAAAGAAAGAGGAUAUACAUACAUGUAGAAAGCUCAAGCAACGAAAUGGCCUUUAUUUUUGUAACCAUGAAAAGUACUAUUUUGUAUAUUUUGCUAGUGUCGUGGAGAGACAUCAUGAAGAAAAUAUUCUCUUUGAAUAUUUCAUGCAACACUUGCCAUUGUGACAGCUAUGACUUUGGCAUUCCUUGAAAGUUUAUAAGAAGACAAAUGGUUUUAAUCACCACAUUUACAAGCUGUAUCAUAAUGAUUUAUAGAGCUGCUUGAGCCAGAAGUUAAAAAGGUGGUUUUUAAAACCAUGGCUUGAGAUCAAAGGGCAAUCAAGUUGAGUUUAAAACUUACAUUCAGAAGGGGUACAUUAUUGAAAGAAUAGUGUUUUAUGAAAUUGUGCUAACUUUAUGUUUGUUACUUGUUGGUCGUGCACAAUUUUGUAAAGAAUACCCCAUUUUGUACAAUUUUAUUUCAAUUAUGCAGUUGACUCCAACCAUAGUCAAGCAUUCUUUGACAAAAUCAUGCACUGAUUGUUGGAUCCUUAAUCAAAGAACAGAACAUAAACCACAGUUUCAAACCAUAUGUGAUUUGGGGCCAUAAAGUGCAGUUUAGGAUUAAUCCACAGAAUUCCACUCCCACUGGAAAAUCCCAAAAUUAAUUUGUCAAUGUAUGAUUUCAUUUAAACUCUUUAAGAUUUGUAUAUUUUGCUUAUAAAUACUGUACACUUACAACAGAAUCUUGUUAUGGAGAACAACAAAGCUCUAUACAGUGAGAAAUUAGUGUGAAGUCAAUUAAUUUAUCAUGUUAUACCAAGAACACCCUCGAUGUCAGGUUUAGAAUGAAAAGCAGUCUUGUUAUAUCAGGAAGUGGCUUUAUUAGUGGGCUUUUUCGCAAAGGAUAAGAAUUUUGGUAGCAUGUGGUAUGUAACACAAUACAUGAAUUGGUUAGUAAUACCUAUGAUGAGACUGUGUUAAUGAAUUACAUGUAUACACAAUUACAAGUAAUUUAUUUCUUUGUGAAGUGAUAGGUUUUCCACCGUAAAAUAGGGUUCAACAUUUUUAAGAUCACAAUGUGGUACCUUAGACUGUCAUAUAAGAGGUUUUUAUGUUCUAGCCCAGUCGUCAUUAAAUUCCAACUAACAUCUGUAUUUCAUAUAUUUAUCAUUACUAAGUUAUAACAUUGAAAUAAUAGUAUUGUGCUGACAGUAUUCAGGACAGAUGAAACAAUGAAUAUUUUGAUUCACUUGACUACAAAUCACACCAAUUUUAAUAAAAAUAUGACAUACCAGGUGGGUGUUUCAUAAAGCUGCUUGUAAAGUUACGCACAACUUUACGAACGACUGGAACAUGUUCUUAUGUCCUAAAUGAAUGACAUAGGGAUGAAUCAUUUAGUACAAGAAGGGGUCACCAGUCAUGCGUAAAGUCAUUUUUAUCUUAUGAACAGCUUUAUGAAACACCCAUAGUUUGUUACUGUUCACACCAAAGAUGUGAUUUUCACUUGGAAGACAUCCAACUUCUGUGUAUGUUUGUAUAUGUUCAACAAGUGUUUUUAAUUUCAGACCUAAGAAUCAUGGGUUUGGCAUAUGAUGAUUAAAAACAAAGUUGUGGGUUAUAAUGGUCAUGCAAUAAUCAUGAUUGAUAGACAUUAAGAUGAUGAAAGGGUAAUUUUAUAUAUGUGUCUCCAGGAAUCAAUAUUGAACAUGUUAGAGUCGACCAAAGUCUUUAUCAUGUUUAUGAGUUAACCUUUUAUGACAAGAUUCCAUACUUAGUGUCAAAGAUGACUUUGGGGAUGUAAAGUAUCCAAGAAAAUGCAAAUUUUCAGCAAACUUUGUUUUUUGUUUAUUAAAAUGACACAUGCUUUUCAUAGUCUGGGUUUUAACAAAAAAGUGCUUUAAACUGGUGAUUAUUCGAUUGUGAAAGGUCAACUUUGCAGACCUAAUUUUAAAUGUACAAAAUAUCCAAAUUGUACUCGAACACCAUUCAUAUUGAAGAGUAAUUUUACUCUCUUUUUUCAGGUGUACUUAUUUUAUUUAAUUAUUUUCAUAUCCACAAUUUCUUUGUAAGGAGCUAUGUUUGUGAACAUGGAGUUCAUUAAUUUAUUAAAUAUGAUGUCAAUAAUUA